AGUCAGCUGCAGAUUCUGAGGUAACAAGCUGCAGAGGCUCUGCUCCAUCCUCCACACUCAGGACACAAUGCAGAAGGAUUAUUCUCUAGAGCAGAAUGGGAAUCGGCGGGUGUCUAUUUCUGAUGAUGGGAUUCGAUGGCGCACUGGAUCUGAAUUUGCCGGCCCAGAACACACCGACGUGCCCAGCAGCAGGGGGUCCCACCCCUCCCUGUUUGGAAAAUACCAGCCCAGCCUGCAGACCCUGAAGCCAUUCCGCUGGUCUUCGCCACAAUCCCACCCUGUGGACAAUGCAGGCUUCCUGUCCUUUACAACCUUUGCCUGGAUGACUCCCAUGAUGUGGGCCAUAUUCAGGAACAGGCUGGACAUGUCUUCUGUCAGCCUGUCCCCAUAUGAUGCCGCUGACACCAGUGGAGAAAGGCUGCAGAGGCUCUGGGAGGAUGAAGUGACAAAGAAAGGUCUGGAGAAGGCCUCCCUGGUCAAUGUGGUCCUUCGCUUUCAGAGAACCCGGCUCAUUCUGUCUGUCUUCAUCGGUGCCCUGGCCAUGACAGCAGCAUUUGUUGGCCCCGCUGUCCUUGUUAAUGAAAUCCUGAACUAUAUCGAAAACCCAGAGCAGUCCACGGUGGCCUACGGGAUUGGCAUGGCUUUCGCUCUGUUCCUCACCGAGUUCUGCAAAGCGUUCUUCAUUUCCCUGAUGUGGGCGGUCAACCUGCGCACAGCAGCCAGGCUCAAGGGAGCCUUCUCUUCUAUAGCCUAUCAGAAAGUCAUCGCUCUGAGGGUGCACAGCGGGAUUUCAAUGGGAGAGAUGAUUAAUGUCUUGACCAACGACGGCCACAGAAUGUUUGAGGCGGUGCUGUUUGGGAGCUUUGCGCUCUGCACACCGGUGAUCUUCAUCGCAUCCAUCGUGUAUGCCUGCCAUGUUCUGGGUUACACCGCACUGACAGGAGUCUGCAUCUACAUCCUGUUUGUUCCCAUCCAGUUUUUGUUGGCAAAACUCAUUAACAAAUUCAGAUGGAAAGCCAUGCAGAUAACAGACAACCGCGUUCGCACAAUGAAUGAGAUUCUCAACAGCAUUAAGCUCAUCAAGAUGUAUGCUUGGGAGGAGUCCUUUGAGAAGAAGAUUGCAGGAUUAAGAAAGAAGGAGAAGAAACAGAUCCAGCUGGUCAGCUACAUCCAGAAUAUAAACACCAGCAUCUCCAGCAUCGUCCCCAUCGUCGCCACUGUGCUCACCUUCCUGGUGCACACUCUGCUGGGUCUACCGCUCAACACAGCUGAUGCCUUUACUACUAUCGCCAUUUUCAACUCCAUGAGGUUCGCCCUCGCUCUGCUGCCGCUGUGUGUGAAGGCCCUGGCUGAAGCUGCGGUGUCCCUGAAAAGAUUAAGGAAAGUCUUGCUGAUCCAGAAUCCCGAGCCCUACCUGCAGCAAAAGAAAGACAACCGCACAGCUGUGGAGAUGGUAAACGCAACGCUGUCCUGGACCAGAGCAGCCGGUGAGCCGGACCGCUCCGCCGGCCAGGACGGUCCCGUGGGCGAACACAAGGAAGGCAGGAACGGUCCCAGUGAGAGCUUACCAACCCUGAGAAACGUCUCCUUCUGCCUGCCUAAGGGCAACCUGCUGGGUGUCUGUGGGAAUGUGGGGAGCGGAAAGACGUCACUCAUUUCCAGCAUUCUGGAACAGAUGCACCUUCUUCAGGGCUCCAUCACAGUGGAUGGGACGUUUGCCUACGUUUCCCAACAGGCAUGGAUUUUCCACGGCACUGUUCAAGAAAAUAUCCUGAUGGGGGAAGCUUUUGACCAGACCAAAUAUGACCGAGUUGUGGAUGUCUGCAGCCUCAGAGCUGACCUUAAAAUACUGCCAUACGGAGAUCAGACUGAGAUUGGAGAAAGGGGGCUGAAUCUGUCAGGAGGACAGAAGCAGAGGAUCAGCCUAGCCAGGGCCGUCUACGCCAACAAAGACAUCUUCCUCCUCGAUGAUCCCUUGUCUGCUGUCGAUGCCCAUGUGGGAAAACACAUCUUCGAAGAAUGCAUAAAGAAAGAGCUUCGAGGAAAAUCCGUCAUACUUGUCACACACCAACUCCAGUAUCUGGAGUUCUGCGAUGACAUCCUGGUUCUGGAAGACGGCGAGGUGAGGGAGGCUGGGAAUCACCAGGCCCUGAUGGGAGCCAACGGACGCUACGCUCAGCUCAUCAGCAACUACCAGAUGGAACAGUCCAAAACGCAGAACGAGGAGGAGGAGGAGGAGGCGUCACCCAAAGAGGCUGCUGAGCUGCAUGAUGUCAGACAGCGUGCCGACAGUGGCAUAGUGAACCCAGUGUUUGACAUGUCAGAUGAGAAGGACGAUGGGACGCCAGCGGAACAAAAGACCGGAGAUCAGCUGGUCAGCCAGGAGUCCUCCACAGAGGGAUCUGUGUCCUGGAGAGUCUACCAUCAGUACUGCCAGGCAGUUGGAGGGUACAUCAUCACCUUCCUCACCAUCGUGAUCAUAGUCCUCAUGAUCGGAUCCACAGCCUUCAGCAACUGGUGGCUAAGCUUCUGGCUGGGGAAUGGAGACGGGUCAGGGAAUUCAACCUCUAACCCAGGCGAUGUCUCCCAAAAUCCAGAGCUGGGCUUCUAUCAAAUGAUUUACGGAGUGAUGAUCCUUGUCACGUUGGCACUUGCUGUGAUUAAGUGUUUCUUUUACACUCAUGUCACUCUAAGAGCUGCCUGCAAACUCCACGACAGGAUGUUCAAAAAGAUUCUUGCCAGCCCCAUGAGCUUCUUUGACACGACGCCUACUGGACGCAUCCUUAACCGCUUUGCUAAAGAUCAGGAGGAGGUGGACUCUGUGCUUCCUCUCCACAUGGACCCUUUCCUGCAGUUUUGUCUCCUCGUCACGUUCACCAUCGUCAUCAUCGCCUCGGUUUUCCCCGCCAUGCUGGCAGCUGUGGUUGUCAUGGGUGCUUUGUUCGCCCUCGUUCUCUUCAUAUUUCAGAGAAGCAUCCGUCAGAUGAAGAAGAUGGAGAACAUCAGCCGCUCUCCGUGCAUCUCUCUCACUACCUCCACCCUGCAGGGCCUCAGCACCAUCCAUGCCUACAACAUAAGGGAGAGCCACAUAAAACUGUUCAAAUCGCUGAACGACAUCAACUCCAAUCAUUACUUGCUGUUUCACUCCGGCACACGCUGGCUUUCCUUCUGGUUGGACUUCAUGGCUGCUUCCAUGACCCUGCUGGUGGCUCUGUUUGUGGUGCUCAGCAGCAACGAAGUCAUCAAUCAGUCAUUAAAAGGCCUGGCCAUAUCCUACACCAUACAGUUAACAGGGAUGCUGCAGUACGUGGUGAGACAGUCCACUGAAGUGGAGGCCAGGUUUAAUUCGGUGGAACGGCUGCUGGAGUACAUCACGAUCUGUAAGUCUGAGGCCCCCAGACACAUAAAGGAGGCUCAGAUCCCUGAUGGCUGGCCCAAAAAUGGGGCAAUCACCUUCCGGGAAUACCAAAUGAGGUACAGAGAGAACACACCGAUCGUCCUGAACGGACUUAAUUUCCUCAUCCGAGCUGGAGAGAAGCUGGGCAUAGUGGGAAGGACGGGUUCUGGGAAGUCCUCUUUAGGUGUGGCUCUGUUCAGACUGGUGGAGCCAGCCAGAGGAACCAUUCUUAUAGACGAUGUGGACAUCGGAGCCAUUGGCCUGCGGGAUCUGCGCAGCAAUCUCUCCAUCAUCCCCCAGGACCCUGUGCUGUUUACUGGCACAGUCAGGUACAACCUGGAUCCCUUCGACCACUAUACUGAUGAGGAGAUCUGGACAGUGCUUCAGAAAACCUACAUGAAGGACUCGAUCUCCAGACUAGAGGGGCAGCUAGAUGCUGAAGUGUUGGAGAAUGGAGAAAACUUCUCUGUCGGUGAGAGACAACUCAUGUGCAUGGCCAGAGCUCUUCUUCGUAACUCCAAGAUCAUUCUGCUGGAUGAGGCGACAGCCUCCAUAGACUCCGAGACAGACGCGCUGAUCCAAAACACCAUCAAAGAGGCCUUCCACGACUGCACCAUGCUCACCAUCGCUCAUCGCAUCAACACUGUGAUGCACGCAGACCGCAUCCUGGUCAUGGAAAACGGAAAGGCCGCAGAACUGGACCCGCCAGAAGUCCUGAAGCAAAGACCAGACUCCUUGUUCUCCUCACUCCUCACUGCUGCCAAUACUGUGAACACAUAAAACCUUUGGAGCCAAUAUAUAUAUAUAAAUAUCUAUAUAUGUCUAUAUGAUGAAC